AUGUCUGCCAAACCAGCGCCUGCUCCCGCCAUGUCUGCCAAUCCAGCGCCUGCUAACGUCACGCCUGUCAAUCCAGUGCCUGCUCCCGUCAUGUCUGCCAAACCAGCGGCUGCUCCCGUCAUGUCUGCCAAACCAGCGCCUGUUACCGUCAUGUCUGCCAAUCCAGCGCCUGCUCCCGUCAUGUCUGCCAAAACAGCACCUGCUCCCAUCAUGUCUGCCAAACCAGCGCCUGCUCCCAUCAUGUCUGCCAAACCAGCACCUGCUACCAUCAUGUCUGCCAACCAGGCGUCUGCUAACGUCAUGUCUGCCAAUCCAGUGCCUGCUAACAUCAUGUAUGCCAAUCCAGCGCCUUCUCCCAUCAUGUCUGCCAAUCCAGUGCCUGCCCCCGUCAUGUCUGCCAAUCCAGUGCCUGCCCCCGUCAUGUCUGCCAAAUCAGCGCUUGCUAACGUCAUGUCUUCAAAUCCAGCGCCUGCCAACGGCAUGUCUGCCAAUCCAGCGCCUGCUCCCAUCAUGUCUUCCGAUCCAGUGCUUGCUCCUGUCAUGUCUGCCAAUCCAGCGCCUGCUCCCGUCAUGUCUGCCAAACCAGCGCCUGCUACCGUCAUGUCUGCCAAACCAGCGCCUGCUCCCGUCAUGUCUGCCAAUCCAGCGCCUGCUAACAUCACGUCUGGCAAUCCAGCGCCUGCUAACGUCACGUCUGCCAAAACAGUGCCUGCUCCCGCCAGGUCUAUCCAAACCAGCACUUGCUAA